CAACAUCUGAAACAUACUCUAUGGCUUCUCCUUCUCAUCCCACAAACCUUCACUUUGUCUUGUUUCCUUUGAUGACUCAAGGUCAUUUGAUACCAAUGGUAGACAUGGCCCGUAUACUAGCCCAACGUGGUAUUAUGGUUACUAUAAUCACAAGUCCAGUUAAUGCAAACCGUUUUAAAUCAGUUAUUGAUCGCGCAAUUGAAGCUGAUCUCAAGAUCCAAGUUCUUGAACUUCAACUCCCAUGUGUUGAAGUUGGUUUGCCGGAUGGAUGUGAGAAUUUUGACUUGUUGCCAUCAAAUGCACACGCGGUUAACAUGUACUUAGCAAUGAUUAUGUUAGAAGAACCAGCCGAAAAAAUGCUCCAAGACUUAUGUCCACCUCCAAGUUGCAUCAUCUCAGAUGGCGGUUUCCCUUGGACUAACGAUGUGGCGAAGAAACUCGGUGUUCCAAGGGUUGUUUUCUAUGGACCUGGAUGUUUCGCGUUCUUGUGCAUACACAUAGUGACAAAUACAAAUAUACUAGAUGAAAUUGAUUCCGAAUCAAAGUACUUUGUAAUGCCUGGCUUGCCUGACCGAAUUGAAGUUACCAAACCUCAGGCUUCAACUUGGGGAAGAGGAGACACAAAAGAAUCCACGAAGAUUUUUGAACGAAUGCAAGAAGCCGAGAAAGAAGCAAUAGGGAUUGUGGUUAAUAGCUUUGAAGAGUUGGAGCCCAAAUAUGUUAAGGAAUUUGCAAAGGCAAAAGAUAAAAAUGUUUGGUGUGUAGGGCCGGUUUCACUAUACAACACUAGCCUCCAGGAUAAAGCCGAAAGAGGAAACAAGGCUGCGAUCAACGCUAAAGAUUGUUUGAAAUGGCUAGAUUCGAAAGAGUCAGGGUCCGUGAUCUACAUUUGCUUAGGAAGUCUAUCUUAUGCUUCCACCGAACAAGCCAUUGAGCUUGGGUUGGGACUCGAGUCAUCGAACAUACCUUUUCUUUGGGUCAUCAGGCACCCAAGUGAAGAAUUUGAGGAAUGGCUCUCCAAAGACGGAUAUGAGGAAAGGGUAAAAAGUAGAGGCCUAAUGGUCCGUGGUUGGGCACCGCAAUUAUUAAUAUUGUCACACCAAGCCAUUGGUGGUUUUGUGACACAUUGUGGAUGGAACUCGACUCUAGAAGGGAUUUCAGCUGGGAUCCCAAUGGUUACAUGGCCACAAUUUGCGGAACAAUUUUUAAAUGAACGAUUUAUCAUAAACGUGUUGAAAAUUGGUGUCAAAAUUGGGAUGGAGGUUCCUGUUAUCUUCCACGAGCUAGAUGAGUCAAAAGAGAUUGUGAAGAGGGAUGAAAUCAAGGAAGCUAUAGAAUGCCUAAUGAAGAAUGAUGAGGAAGGAGAAGCAAGAAGAAAGAGAUCCAAGGAGUUUUCGGUAAUGGCAAAGAGAGCAAUGGAGGAAGGGGGUUCGUCUCAACGUAAUAUGACGUUGAUGAUUCAAGCUGUAACCGAAGAAUUAGCCAAGAAGCCUACACUGGUUCAAGAUAUUGUGUAGCCAUUGUAACUUGAAUUAUCAAAUUGGAUUUCCUGUUUUUCACCUCUACUUUCCCCAUGCAAAAGGAACACUAUAAUAAGUGUUGGUCUUGGGGCAUGAUCUGGUAAAACAUCAACUGCUUUUGAACAAUGUUAAAUUCCCCACAAGGCCACAACCCUUUUGAUCAGCAUUUCAAGUAAUAACUGA